UCAGUCUACUGUCUCUCUCACUCACCACUUCACUUGAACUGUGUCUCUCUUUUUACAGUGACACCAAUUACCUGAAAAAAGGGCAACUCAAAAUUAAUAACAAUGCUCAAUUACCAUUCCCAUUCUUCUUCUCUUUAUUACUCAAUUCAUAAUUUUCUUCAAAUUUCCAAUCUUUUCCUCAAAUACCCAUGUUCUCAAUUUCUUAUAAUUCACAUCUUUGCCACUUAAAAAACCAAAAAAAAGUGAAAAAGAUUGAAGCUUUGUUAGAUCCCAUUUCAUAAUUUUGCUCAUUUGUUUUAGUGCCAUCAUACCCAUGUUUUUUCUUACCAAUUUUUGAUAAAUUUGUCAGCUUUAGUUACUCUCAAAUUCUUUUCUUUAAGUUCUUAGCCUUUCAUUCUUUAAUUUUCUUCAAUUCAAUUCCAAAUCUUUAUACUUUUCUUGAAGUAAAAUGAAUUUGCUUGUGCUACCACUAUGUUUAAUUUCUCUUCAUAUCAUCAAUUCACAAGCAUAUCCAACACAGCCCAUGAAUUGUACUGACACUACACGCUUAUGCACAUCAUUUUUAGCUUUUAAACCUCAAGAAAACCAGUCUUUAUCAGUGAUUCAAAGCAUGUUUGAUGUGUUACCUCAAGAUGUAACUUUAGAAGACAAUGAUCAUGGCUAUGUCUUUAUAAAAAAGAACUGUUCUUGUUUGUCUAGUGCCAGAGUUUAUGCUACUAAUAGUACAUUUACAGUGAAAUCUAGUGAGGGUUUUGUGUAUGACAUUGUGUUUGAUGCUUAUGAGGGGCUUGCUUUGCUUCCUAAUACUACUAGAUCAGCUAAAGUUGGUGCUGUGAUUUCUUUGAGAUUGUUUUGUGGAUGUUCUAAUGGGCUGUGGAAUUACUUGAUGAGCUAUGUCAUGAGGGAGGAGGACUCGGUUGAGUCUUUAGCGAGUCGAUUUGGUGUUAGUAUGAGUAGUAUUGAAUCUGCUAAUGGGAUUUGGAAUCCUGAUAAUGUUAGUGCUGGUUCUCUUUAUUAUAUUCCUUUGAAUUCAGUUCCCGGCGUGCCUUUUCCUCUGGACAGUGAAAUUUCUCCGAGUCCUGCUCCAGUUCCUGAACCUUCUUUUAGCGCUUCCUCAGCAAAUGAUCUAGAGAGUAAGGCACGUGUACCAUAUGGAUGGAUCAUGGGCGGCCUUGGCAUUGGUCUUGUGCUGAUUGUAGCUUGUGUAGUUUUUUGUGUAUGCUUGAAGUCAUCUAGCUGCUUUUCUAAAGCUGAUUCAGAUGCUGCUAAAGAUGGCAAGGUUAAGUUUCAAAUUCUUCGCAAGCCAAGCUUCUGUUGUGCUUCGGGAAGGUACAUGUCCGGGAAGUCUAGAGACUGGAAGCAAUCAAAUGGGGAGUCUAGCAGCCACCACAUCACUAUACCCAAAGCUCUAGGAACCGAUGUGCUAGGCAUGGAGAAGCCUGUAAUUUUCACAUAUGAAGAAAUUAUUUUUGCAACUGAUGGAUUCUCAGAUGCAACUCUUAUUGGGCAUGGAACAUUUGGGUCUGUAUAUUACGGCAACCUUCGUGACCAGGAAGUUACCAUUAAGAGAAUGACUGCCACGAAAACUAAAGAAUUCAUGGCGGAGAUGAAAGUCUUAUGCAAGGUUCACCAUUCAAAUCUGGUAGAAUUGAUUGGCUAUGCAGCUAGUGAUGAUGAACUCUUCUUAAUCUAUGAAUAUGCACACAAGGGUUCACUCAAAAGCCAUUUACAUGAGCCUCAAAAUAAGGGUCAUACAUCAUUAUCAUGGAUUAUGCGGGUCCAGAUUGCACUUGAUGCUGCCAGAGGAUUGGAGUAUAUUCACGAGCACACGAAAACACAUUAUGUUCACCGUGAUAUCAAGACAAGCAACAUAUUGCUUGAUGAAUCCUUCAGGGCAAAGAUAUCAGAUUUUGGGUUGGCAAAACUGGUUGGAAAAAUAGGAGAAGGAGAAACUACAGCAACAAAAGUCGUCGGUACAUUUGGCUAUCUAGCUCCAGAAUAUUUAAGUGAUGGUCUUGCAACAGCCAAAAGUGACGUGUAUGCAUUUGGUGUUGUUCUUUUUGAGCUCAUAUCAGGGAGAGAAGCCAUCAUACGGACAGAAGGUGCAAUGACAAAAAAUUCCGAGAGGCGUCCGCUAGCGUCCAUUAUGCUAGCAGCUCUCAGAAACGCGCCUGACUCCAUUAGCAUGUCAAGCUUGAAAGAUUAUAUUGAUCCUAAUAUGAUGGAUCUAUAUCCCCAUGAUUGUGUAUUCAAGAUGGCCAUGCUUGCAAAACAAUGUGUCGAUGAGGAUUCAAUCCUACGGCCCGAUAUGAAGCAAGUUGUGAUUUCACUAUCACAAAUUCUUUUAUCCUCCAUCGAAUGGGAAGCAACUCUUGCCGGAAAUAGCCAAGUAUUCAGUGGUUUAGUCCAAGGAAGAUAGCGGUUAAGCAAGCUCCUCGCGAUCCCAUCCUCCCUGGCCCUUCCCCGUUUGAGCCAUUGUAGUCUUUCUAGUUACUCAUGCAUUGUAGGACUGCAAAAUAAAGUGGUAAUUUGGUGGUACUAGUUAGAUCAUAUUUCUAUAUCCUCCCAUCCCUUAUAUUUGUACACAAAUUUUAGCUGAGAGUGGAAAUUUUUGUAGUAAUGUAAAAAUUGGGGUGCUCUAGAUAGGUAAAAGGCUUGAUUGCUUUUGUUAGAGACGGUUUGAUAGCAUAUUACAAUAGCAUAUAUUGGUUUGAUUCA